CAGAAGAAGCAGCUCCAUCUCUGUGAUGCUUCAUGCUACAACAAGCCCCUGUUCACUUCUGUACUGAACUCUGGAGUCAAUUUAUUUUCCUCCAGGUUCAGGUCUCAGUUAAAUGGAGCUUCAUGAACUCUUCAUGCGGCCAGAAGUAAGAAUGUGGAGCGACUUCCGCCCUGGUUUUUAAAGAUGACGUUAGCAUGAGCUCUACGUGGCUUCAUCACAAUGAUAGUUAGUGGAGAAGCUAGCUAAUGUUUGGCUAACGGUGAGUUAACACUGUUGAGCUGUUAGCUACUAACUAAUGGAGCUAAACAGCUAACAGCUAAGUGAAUCAGCUUGGAUUAGUUCAGUUGGUUAGCGUUGUAGGAUCGUAGCUCCUGUGCUGGAUUAGCCGUUAGCAGUGGAUCAGAGACGUCUCACUGUGGUAUGAUUCAUCUGGUGGUUUGAUGGGGCUUUUAAGGACCAUGAUGCCGCCCAAGUUCCAGCUCUUGGCUGUUUUGGCUUUUGGAGUGUCGAUGCUCUUCAUCGAGAACCAGAUCCAGAGACUGGAGGAGUCCAGAGCCAAACUCGAACAAACAAUCGCCAGACAUGAGGUUGCUGAAGUGGAGCAGCGUCACAGUGAAGACGCCGGGCGGGAGUUGUCACCACUGGCGGAAAAAGAUGACAUGGUCAUCAUUUACAACAGAGUGCCCAAGACGGCCAGCACAUCCUUCACUAACAUCGCCUACGACCUGUGUGGGAAAAAUCGCUUCCACGUCCUGCACAUCAAUACAACCAAAAACAAUCCUGUCAUGUCUCUGCAAGACCAGGUGCGCUUUGUCAGGAACGUCACCUCAUGGAGAGAGAUGAAGCCCGGCUUCUACCACGGCCAUGUAGCUUAUCUGGACUUCUCAAAGUACGGAGCGAAGGGUAAGCCCAUGUACAUAAAUGUGGUGAGGGACCCCAUAGAGCGCCUGGUGUCAUACUACUACUUUUUACGUUUUGGAGACGACUACAGGCCUGGACUUCGACGAAGGAAACAAGGAGACAAAAAGACCUUUGACGAGUGUGUAUCAUCAGGAGGGUCUGACUGUGCUCCUGAGAAACUCUGGCUGCAGAUCCCCUUCUUCUGUGGACACCAUUCAGAGUGCUGGAACGCGGGCAGUCGAUGGGCUCUGGAACAGGCCAAGUACAACCUGGUGAACGAGUACCUGCUGGUUGGAGUGACUGAGGAGCUGGAGGACUUCAUCAUGAUCCUGGAGGCAGCGCUGCCACGCUUCUUUAAGGGAGCUACAGAGCUCUACAGAACUGGAAAGAAGUCCCAUCUGCGAAAGACCACCGAAAAGAAACCCCCCACCAAAGAGACAAUAGCCAAGCUGCAGCAGUCAGACAUCUGGAAAAUCGAAAACGAGUUUUACGAGUUUGCACUCGAACAGUUUCAGUUUGUGCGUGCCCAUGCUGUCAGGGAAAAAGAUGGAGAACUUUAUGUCCUGGCUCAGAGCUUCUUCUAUGAAAAGAUCUACCCCAAAGUGAACUAACAGUGGAGCCAGAAAACAGAGACGAGGGCUGCACUGGGACUUUCCAGGACUCCAUUAGUAGUCAUUUACACUGGGAGAAGUUUCACCAAGUGAUGCUGGUGAAUGCUUUUUCUUACCAUGGUGCGGCACAGUAAACCCCUCUCAGACUGUACAGUGGAAUUUUUGUGAGGGUUGUGUCUAAUUUUUUUAUUGCCGGUGCAGCUGUCGAGAGACCUUAACAUGGAUAUAAAGCGUCAGUCUAAAUGGUGAGAAAGAAUUCAAACCCAGAGCACAGAGAACUGGAUGUGAUGCAUCCCAAAACCCAAACACAAGCAGCCUUUGAUUUAUGAGGCUCUGUGUUUGGGUUUUGGGUGGAGUGUCCAGAUAAAAGCAGCAAACCUCAACUAGUUCAACAAGUUUAAAACCAUCAAAAAUGUGUAUUUCUGACAGAGAGAAAUCUGUUCAGCUCCAUGUUGUAUUAUUGUUUUGAACACGACAUUUUAGAUGCACAAAUUCUUGUUUACAAGUUACAGAAGAUAAAACUGUUUAAAAAAGUCAGAGCUUUGUUUGUACAUACUGUAUUAACAUGCAGGGAACAUGUUUUUGGACCAAAUGGUAGCAACAGAAAACAGACUGGACCAUUGCAUCCUUUGGUGCGUGACUUUUUUUAAUCCCACUGAGAUGUUCUCGAUUUGUAGACAUGUUUAACACGUUGUCUCAGUAUUUUAUCACAGAGAUAGUGAUAUGCGUCUCUGAUAUAUCUGACAGCUGCUGUUUUAAAAGGAGCGCAGCUGGAGCAGGACAAAGGUACUAAUCAACAGAACGUUGUGAGUACAGGGUUUACUAGACAUGGUCACAGGGUGACGGGGGUAGAGGUGGAGGUGAUAGUGCCUUUAUUACAACAUUUAGGAUUUUAUUUUUCAUUUUCCAGUGAUCUCACAAUCAUGUUUGUCUUUAUUUGUGUGUGUCCAUCAGAACUGCAGUUCCUGUUUCUCUUGUUUCACACGUCAUUAACAACCAAAAGAAAAAAACACAAGUGCACAG